UUCAACUCCAGGCCGACUGUGCGGUACACGUGACUUUGUUUACAGCUGAUUACACACCCCCGAUGUCUGACCAAUGAGAUCGCUCCGUAGAAAGAGGUGUGACAUACAACUGUUGGUUUUCAUUACUUGUUGAGAAUCCGCUGCGAACGAUAGGGUUUAUUUGCCCGCCCUACAGCCACACUUACAGCCACAAUGUUGCAUCACGUUCUUACCGGGGAAUUGACCUUCACCUCUUUGACCCCGCCCGACCUCAGUCAGUGCUCUAAAAGCGACCUAUUGGCGUACUUCGAGAACAGCUAUAGUCUGAACGAGAGUCUAUUUACUGCCCUAAAAGAUGAGAGCGUGUUCUACAAGUGUCCGGACCGUCUCCGCCUGCCGCUCAUCUUCUACUACGGCCACACUGCCGUCGUCUACGUCAACAAACUGGCGCUGGCCGGCCUGCUUAAGGAGCGGAUCAAUUUUGAAUUUGAAAAGAUGUUCGAAACAGGAGUGGACGAAAUGUCAUGGGACGACACAGAGAAUUACAGGAUGGGCGGCUCCUAUAAGUGGCCGCGUGCCGGGGAGGUCGUCGAGUACCGCCGGAAGGUGCGCGAGGUUAUCCGCGAUAUUAUACGUGACACGCCUCUCGAUCUGCCUAUCAACAUGAAAAGCCCCUGGUGGGCUCUUUUGAUGGGGUUUGAGCAUGAAAGAAUCCAUCUGGAAACUUCUUCCGUUCUAAUUCGUCAAUUACCGAUUGGGUUAGUCAACAGACCUGACGGCUGGAACUAUGCGCCAAAGCAAACGGAAAGCUUACCACAGACAAACAAGAUGUUGCGUGUCAACGGACAGGAAGUGACGUUCGGGAAGCCCACAGAUUUUCCAUCAUAUGGUUGGGACAAUGAAUAUGGUCACGUGACUUGCUACGUGCCAGCGUUCGAGGCCUCAAAGUUCCUGGUGACUAAUGGCGACUUCCUGGACUUCAUACGGGCUGGCGGUUACAACCGCCCGGAGCUCUGGACGGACGAGGGUUGGCACUGGAGGAGCUUCCGGGAGUCUAAACAUCCUAUGUUCUGGGUGUGCAACAGUGGCUGUAAAAGUGGCUGUGGGACGGAUCUGGCUGCAUACAGCCACUGUAGCCUCCCAGAGGGCGGCGUGGGCGAGACAGCGACAGACACCAAUUACAAAUACCGCGCGAUGUGGGACAAUUUAGACAUGCCGUGGUCCUGGCCUGCGGAAGUGAACUACCACGAGGCCCGGGCCUACUGCCAGUGGAAAGGGCCUGAGUACAGACUGCUUCUCGAGGCCGAACACAACGUAAUUAGAGGCGCGCAGGAGAACCCACAAGCCGGAACUAAGACUGACCAUGUCUUCACAGCUGGUUCUCAGCCAUACAACUACAACAUGAAGUUCGGCUCAUCCACACCCGUGGACUUGUUCCCGGCUAACGAGCUUGGGUUUCACGACGUGUUUGGCAACGUCUGGCAGUGGACCGAGGACCAUUUUAACGGUCUUUGCAAUGAUACGCACUGGCUAUACGAUGACUUUUCCACACCAUGCUACGACGGCAGACACAACAUAAUUCUGGGCGGAUCGUGGAUCAGCACCGGCGACGAAGCCUCUAGGUUUGCGCGCUUCGCGUUCAGGCGUCAUUUCCUGCAGCAUGCCGGCUUCCGGUUGGCGCGCACAGCGGAGGCCGCGGGACAGAUUCAGUUGCCUACAAGAAUCGUGGACACGCCCGUGUACGUGCUCGGCGUCGGGGAAAAACCGCUUUGUCUCCCACAAGACAAGCUACUGCGGACACUAGUACCGUCGACAAACAUUCACUACCAUUUUGAGUCGGCAAAUGCGGUAAAAGGGAUUCUCGAACUGGAGUUUGGAUAUCGAAAAUCAUUUCCGGUGCAGGUAGCUGACCUCUGUCGAGAUCUUGUAAAGAACAACGGCAUCGCCCCAAGGUCCGGUCUGUGGAUUGGCGCGGGUUCGGGCCGGGGGCCUCUCAUAAUGAGCAAGUCAUUCAAUCAGGUACUUGCGUGUGACGUUGUUGCUCGCUUCUUGGAGACCGCCAUGUACAUCCAGAAAGGAAAUGACGUCACGGUGAUUAGCGAGGACGGCAAAGUGACGACAGCAGCCCUUGACAAGGGAGUGAAGCCUGACAAAGUUUUGUUUAAACAGUUCACGUGGUUGCCAAAUGAAAUCGGAGUGGAGUUUGACCUUACAGUACUGACCUUCCUUGAAAGGACACAGCAACCAAAGGCCUGGCUGCUGCGCCUCGCGGAAGUGACGCAGAAAGGCGGCCUAGUAGUCGUGGCCUCUAAGAGCGGGCGCUGGAACGCCGAGACGCUAGGGAUGACGCUGAUCCAGAAAGGUUUAUCAUGCAUCGAAACCGCACAAGUUCCAUUUGAGGAGGGCUCCAAAACCGAGCUAGCCACCGUCACUGUCUGGAAACACGGCCAGGAGUGAAGUGCACAAGCGAAGGGUGGACUGGAAUUCACGUUAUGACAUAGAUAAAAGUUUACGUACGCUAUGUGUUAAAUUAUGUCAUUGUUUUUAUUCAAUAGAUAUCACAAAAUAGCAUAAUUUAUUACAUGUUUACUUAUUGCGUGUGAAGGUUGUAUGUUUGCGAAAACGACGUUUUAUCGGACAUUGUGCAAACAUAUGCUAUCCAUUUAUUGCGAAUGUGUUUGCAUUCAAUGCAUAUCACAAAAUAAAACCAUUAAAUGCAUUUAUACUUCUUACGUAUGGAUGACGACAGCGUUUUUGUGUAUUUUCUGUGCAACAGAAAUAUCAGACUAUAUCUAUCAGCUAAAAAUGGUAUUCUACUGUACGUAUGUGUUACACACAAGAUUUAUCUUACACUGUAUUUUCAUAUCAGACAUAUCUAAUUGCUGAUCAUCGUGUUUUGCAAUAAUUUCAUGAUUGCAUAUUUUUAUGCUUAGUCAUUGUGCGAAUAUCUGUUAAUUAUCAAAUUGAAUCGUAUAUAAAUUUUAUUAUAAAAUUGACAUUUAUUUUAUUUUGCAAUGUUUGCUCGGAUUAGAGUAUUGUAUAUUGAUCUUUUUUUUACGUGCUUAUUUUGACAUUGAUUUGCAAGUUUGCUGUAUUGUUGGUUUAUUGCGUUUUUCGUGUUAAACAUUGUAUAGAAAAACAUGUCUAUUAGUUGUUAUUUCAAAGUGAUGUUGAUCUUAAAUAAAUAUAUUUAAAUGACCAA